UAAAUACUAGCUUAGACACGAGGAUUAAUUAUCAUUUUUAGUGUUAUAUCAACAUUAGCAAACGUUUAGCCACAAACGAGAUGAACUCAAUUUUGGUAACAGUUUUAUUUGCUUGCCUUGCUGGGAUCGUUUCCACUGAUGAAGCUUCUGAUCUUAAGCAAAAGUUCCAGCAAGUUCAUUUGAGUUGUGCAGCCAGAACGCUUUUCAAUCCGGUGGGAAUUAAAAAUUUGAUCGAUCUUGAUUUUGCUGCCGCCCAACGGAUACCAAACCAUGACUGCUUCGAGAAAUGUGUUUUCCAGAGUAUCGGUACCGUUACACCGACUGGGCUGGACAACAACAAAAUUUUGGCACUAGCAGCCAUAUUCCAACCGCAGACUGUACCGCAAACUCAAAUUCAACUAGUUAAAUGUGCCAGCUUGUACGAUCCCAAUAAUUUUGACUGUGCGGCAGCUUGGCGAUUGUAUCUUUGUCUGCAGAAUGGGGAAAGUGCUCUGAGUCAACCCAAGGCACCAACAUGUUUACUGGUUCGAGCUGCUUGGAAUUAGAAUUUUUUGUUUGAGAAUUUAGAGGCAAGAAGGGAGUUGGUCACUAGAAGGAUACUACGGAAUAAAGAUUCAUUUACUGA